CUAACAGCAACAAAAUGCAGCCACGGUCAUUGACAACGAACAGAAACGGGCGAGUCAGCAUGAUGGCAACAAUGUCGCUGGUGCUACUGUUGGCGCUGCUGCUGCAUGUGGACACAGCAGCGGCGGCCCGCAAGCUGCCUAAGCGGCCGGCGAAACCGUUGAAGACAUUUCCGCGCAACAAUGCGACGCCGACAAUUGCAGCAGCCUCAGCUUCAGCCUCAGCCUCAGUAGCAGCCGCAUCAGAGGGCGCACAGCCAGCGAGCGGAAGCGAGCUACCAAAACCGUUGACACCGCAUGCGAGCGAACAGCAGCCGGCGGAAGCUGCUGUAGCGGAACCUGCAGCAACACCUGUCAAUGGCGAGAGCAAAAUCGAUGAUCUGAACGCGACGGCUGCGCCACUAGGCAGCCAGAUCGAUGAAGACUGCGAGCCGGAUAUGAUUGGCUUUGAGCUUAUAACUGGGUACGUGCUAUCGGCGCCAUCGAAGCAAUUGGAGACGCUGCCCGGCACACUGAUGCUGACCGACUGCUUGGAGGCCUGCCAGGCUAAUGAAUCUUGCAGCGCUGUUAACUACGAGACGGGGCUAUGCGUCAUGUUCCGCAGCACCGCCGAUCAAUUGCCAGGUUCACUUUCCCGAUCGCAAUAUCCCGUUUUCACGGUCUACGCACAGAAAUCCUGCUUUGGUGUGCGACCCUGCUCAAAGGCCUGGUGCAUCGAUCGUGUGCAGGGCUACCGUCUGCCGGAGCAUGCCAAGUCUAGCCAGAGCGUGGCCACGCGACGCGACUGCAUCGAGCUGUGCCUGGGCGAAACGGAGUUCACCUGCCGCUCGGCCAACUUUUAUGCGCACUCUGGCCUGUGUGAACUGUCGGACAUGGAUCGCAUUACGCUGUCGGAGGAGGCCAACAUUGUGGCCUACGAUGGCGCCGAAUAUCUCGAGAACAACUGCGCCGAGGAGCCCAGCAAACUGUGCGAGUUCAAGCGCAUCUCGGGACGCAUAUUAAAGACCGUCGACUCGGUGCACCAGAAUGUGCAGAGCAUUGACGAUUGCCGCGACCUCUGCCUCAGCGCUCCCUUCCGCUGCCACUCCUACGACUAUAAUGAAACCGGCGAGCACGUCUGCCGUCUAUCCCACCACAGUCGCGCCACUCUCAGCGAUCUCUCGGAGCCAUAUCUGAACAUCGAAGAGGCGGCCACCUAUGAACAAUCCGCCUGCUACAAUGUCUCCAUUGAUUGUCGCUCGGGUGAGAUGAUCACCAAGAUUCGCACCUCCAAGCUCUUCGACGGCAAGGUCUAUGCCAAGGGAGCGCCCAAAUCCUGUGCCGUAAAUGUCAACAGCUCGCUGGAGUUCGAUCUGCGCAUGCGCUACAAUGACCUCGAGUGCAAUGUGCGCCAGAGCGCCUAUGGACGGUAUAUGAACGACAUUGUUAUUCAGCAUCACGAUAUGAUUGUCACCUCCUCGGAUCUGGGUCUGGCCGUUAGCUGUCAGUAUGAUUUGACCAACAAGACGGUUGUGAACAAUGUUGAUCUGGGCGUCACUGGCGAGAUCGAAUCAACUCUGAGCGAGGAAAUUAUUGUGGACUCACCGAAUGUCAUAAUGAAGAUCACGGCGCGUGAUGGCAGCGAUAUGAAGCGGAUUGCCGAGGUUGGCGAUCCUUUGGCGCUGCGAUUCGAGAUCGUCGAUGCCAACAGUCCGUAUGAGAUAUUUGUGCGCGAACUGGUUGCCAUGGACGGCACAGACAGCGCCGAGAUUACGCUGAUCGAUGCCAACGGCUGUCCCACGGAUCAAUACAUUAUGAGCGCCAUGCAAAAGAUGGCCAGCAAUCGCAAGGUGCUGCUCUCACAGUUCGACGCCUUCAAGUUCCCCUCCUCGGAGCUGGUGCAGUUCCGCGCCCUGGUCACGCCCUGCAUACCGCGCUGCGAACCGGUUAUCUGCGACAACGAUGAGAACGGCGAGCUGAAGUCUCUGCUGUCCUAUGGACGUCGCAAGCGCUCCGUCCUCAACGGCACCGAUGGCGUUGAGCUGGCGAUUAAGUCGGAACGCCAGAAACGUGAUGUGAGUCAUCAGCGGGCAACCGAUGAGAACAUUUUGCUUGUGCAGUCCAUCCAAAUCACCGAUAAGUUUGCCUUCAAUGGUGCCGAUGCGAGCAACGGCGAGCCGAGCGACGGCCUGGGCAAGCUGCAAUUGGAAUUGGCCAACAAAACGGACACUUGCAUAAAUGGCUAUGGCUUCAUAAUUGCCGGGGCACUCUUUUUGCUGCUGCAGCUGACGGUUAUUGCCGUUUGGGACAACAUGCAAAAGCGCGCGUUACACAAGCGAUAAACUGGCGCGAGCGGUUGCUUGGUCGGAGGAUGGAAGAUGUAGAAUGGAGCAAACUAGCAUGAAGUACUCUCUCUCUCUCUCGC